AUGUCUGAAGGAUCUAUCUUCUAUUCAGCUGCGCCUUAUCACAUUAUCAGCUAUGGCGCUCUCCUGGGUUCAGAGAUAUUCCAAUCUUUUAUUGGAGGUGUCACAGCAUUCAGGACCCUCCCAAGGCCGCAAUUUGCCAGUCUUCAAUCCGCACUGUUCCCUAUCUAUUUCGGCAUGCAGACGGCCCUACCAGUCGUCCUAGCAUUGACUUUCCCCUCAGAGCGGACGGCCAUAGGAAGCAGCGCCUCUGGUUUCGCCGGAGUUCUAGAACCUGCGAACAGGCUACAUGUUCUGGCGCCGAUCUCGAUCAUGUUCGUAUCGGGCCUGCUCAAUGCCGCCUGGAUUGGGCCCCUGACAACCAAGACGAUGCGCGAACGGAAACACCAGGAAACAAAAGAUGGAAAGAAGAGUUACGAUGCAGGUUCGCAAACUCCAGAGAUGCAAGCCUUAAACAAGAAGUUCGGCCAAUUACAUGGUGCUUCCACAUUGAUAAAUCUAUUUGGAAUCAUUGCAACUGUCUGGUAUGGGUUUUACUUGGGAGACAGGUUGACAUAG